UUUGGCUGCCGGCUACAAAGCAGGAUGAACGGAUAUUCAGUGCGCAUUGUUGCUGCAGAAGGCUUCAUGCGCGCACAUCGCUCCCUCUUUGUCCGGUUCAGACCAUAGAUGUGUCUUUGUUUGUUGCAGAGGUUAACAUAUUAGUCAUAUCGUCAGACCUUUCCUACAUGGAAAGUUUCUGCAGAGCGCGUACCUCUGCGGCCGAGUGCAGCUGUUUUUAUAGAUGCUGAGGCGCUCCUGCUGUGCUAGUGCUGUAGCAGACCCCAGAGGGCAGUAACAGCCAUGGCUUCCGCUAAAGAGCUGGAUGGAGGCUGGGGAUGGGCCAUCGUGGCAGCCUCUUUUAUGGCCCAGCUCCUGGCCUACGGUUCCCCGCAGUCUGUGGGGGUGCUGUACCCCGAGUGGCUCCACACCUUCCAGGAGGGCAAAGGCAUGACUGCAUGGGUGGGCUCCCUGGUUGCCGGAGUGGGUCUUAUUGCCAGUCCUGUCUGCAGUGCUUGUGUAGAAAACUUUGGAGCCCGCCCUGUGACUGUCUUCAGUGGUGUAAUGGUGGCUGGAGGCUUGAUGCUCAGUGCCUUUGCUCCCAAUGUACAAUUCCUUAUAUUUUCAUAUGGAAUUGUUGUUGGCCUGGGCUGUGGUCUGGUCUAUGCUGCUACAUUAACAAUCACAUGUCAGUAUUUCGACAAGAGGCGUGGCCUGGCCCUCGGCAUUGUCACCACAGGCACCAGUGUUGGAGCAUUCAUUUAUGCGACUGCACAGAAUGAGUUGAUGGUGCUUUUUGGUCUGGAUGGCUGCCUGCUCAUCAUCGGAGCCAUCGCACUGAACCUCAUGGCUUGUGCUGGCUUCAUGAGGCCCCUGAACAUGCCCGGCUACUACCUCAAGCAGAAGGCAGCUCUGGAGCGCAACACAGGGGAGCAGCUUUUGGAGAAGCCUCCUCUAGAGGAUCUGAAAAUCAUGAAUGGCUCCUCCACAGCCACCCCACCUACAGUCAAGGAGCUGCUCAUUUCCAUAGACACUAAGGACUUGGCUGUUCAGGCCGAGACAAAGAAAGGUUGCUGCCUGUCUGGCUUGGUCAUCAUGAAAAUGAUUAAAAAGAAGCAACAAGCUUACUCCAAGUAUAUAUACUCUAUGUAUGAAAUUCUACAGGACCAAGCCAUGGUGGCCUUUUGUAUUGCUAUAUUUCUAUUCAGCCUCGGGGCAUUUCCACCUGUGCUGUUUAUUGAAGAUGUUGCUCAAAGUGGGGGACUGAUUGAAGAAGUUAGUAUCAUUCCCCUGGUUUCCAUAGGGGCCAUUGCCACGUGUGUGGGUAAACUGGUGCUGGGCAUUCUGGUUGACCUCAGAUGGAUCAACAGCAUCUAUCUGUAUGGCUUCACCAUGUUUGCAGGAGGCCUGGCACUCUUCCUCAUCCCCAUUACCAAAAGUUAUGUGGGACUGCAGAUCCUCACUGCCGUGCUCGGCUUCUUCUCUGGGAACUGGUCCCUCACCUCCUACAUUACCACUAAGAUUGUGGGCCUGGACAGACUGACACAAGCUCAUGGCAUCCUUAUGUUUUUUGGAGGCUUUGGGAUCAUGCUGGGACCUCCUGUGUAGGUAAGAAUCCUAUAACUGACAGAGUUUGUUUUCCAGCAGUGCACACAUGUAUUCAUUUCACAAAAACUGUUCUUUCUAUUCUUUUGCAGGUUGGUUCUUUGACUGGACACAGUCCUAUGAUUUGGCGUUUUAUUUCAGUGGGACCUGUGUGGUCCUUGGUGCCUUUAUUUUAUUUGUCCUCACCCUUCCCUGCUGGAACAGGAAGAACAUGGAGACUGCCAAGUCAGACGUCCAGUACACCAGCACCUGUGACAAAGUGAUCUCAGUAGCUUAAAUGUGUAACUCUUUGUUAUAGAAACUGUCCACUGCCCGGCCACAUUCUGCUAAUGAAGCUGACAUGAACGAUCUUCUGAGAAGAAUAUUUUUAUAUGUUGGAAGGAGAAUUGGUAUUUUUGCUUCAGGGUCUUAUUAUGAUACCAAAAUAACUGCCAGACAUUCUGAAAUACAGGCUCAUCUGUUGGACUGUUCUUUGCCUGCAUUUCUCAGGUUGACACUAAACACUGCAAAGAUUUUUCACAGUUGGCUGUGUUUUUAAUUGCCUUAUUUUUGAAGAAUUCCUAAACACUCUAUGACAUUUGGUUUUGUGCUAUUACGCACACAUUGUAUCUACUGCUGGAACACUAAAACCACUGAGUGUUAAUACAAAUAUGAUGACAGAAAACGUAUAUAUGCAAUGCCACACAAGCAUAACCACACUAUUUUUAACUUAUGAAGAGAGUUUCAUUUGUGUGUUUUUACUUUAUCGUGUUAUAUUUUUAAUCAUACCAAAGUGUGUAAUACAAUGCCUAUUGGAACAAUGGAAGCGAAAUGCUUCAUCACUACUUGUUAAUUUCAUUAACUGAACUUAUUUACCCUACAUAUAUUUCAACCUCACGACUGUGGCACAGGAAGCACAGCCUCUGCCUACAUUUGUUAUAGCAGGCUGACUUUUCCUUUAUUCUUACAGUUUAUAUAUAUGUAUAUAUAUAUAGCAUCUUGUAAUUGUAUUAGAGUUGUGCAUUUGUUUGUGAGCCCCAUGUAAAUGUGUUCAUGAUGUGGGCUCUAAUACGUUUGUUAUAGCCUAGCUGAAAUUUUUAUGCACAAACUUUGUCAUAGAUGCACACACUGGCCUUCUGUAAAAUGGCGUGAUCCCCAAAAGGAAAGUUGACUACAUUUGUAUGUUUUACAGUAGGGUUUUAGAAUUACUUGAAUGUGUCUAAAAUAGACCACUUAAAACUGUAUUUGAUGGACGUUUUAGGCACGUCUAGCACAGCAGUUACUGGGCUGUCUCUUUUUAUUAAUGCUGUUCUUUUUAUAUGCCAGUAUUUUGUUAAUGUUCAUUUGAUUUUUGUAUUGUAUAUUAUUUAAAACAUGGCAAUAAAAAUGUUUAAAUAUCUUAUAAAUUUGAAUGUGCAAAAACA